AUGAGGAUCCAUUACCUUCUCUUAUCAUUUCUCCUGGUGCUGCUGUCACCACUUUCAGUCUUUACUCGAAGAAUCAACAAUCCAUUCACAUGUGCGCACAAUGGAGGCAUAUGCUGGGGUCCAUGCACUGGCAGUUUUCGACAGAUUGGCACUUGUGGACUGCCUAGAAUCAGAUGCUGCCGACAAAAAUAG